AUCGCGGUCCAUUCAUUCAGAAAAACCAUUCUAAGAUAAUGAAUGAGUGCUAGGCUUCUCUUAAGUGUAACAAGACACGUUAGUUGCUAUCACAAACCGACAAAUAUCCUCAAACAAAUCAUGGUUCUGUCUCCGCGGGAAUCUGGUGAAUUCAUAGCUAAAAAUGCGAAAUUGGUUAAAGUCCACGAAGCCGGCAUAGAUAAACUCGCUGGAGAUGUUCUAGCCGGUCUUAAGGAUGGCACGAUAGAUCCAAAGAAUUUCUCGCAGAAUGAACUUCAUCCGAAGCCGCAGGAUUCAGAUGCUCCAAAUUGGUUACUGCUUAUCGAUACGUUGAAUUUUUGUUUCUGGACAGCAGGCAAAAAACAAAAAUGGCAAGUGGAAGGCCAUACCGGCUACUUCGCCCUAUGCGCGGCAAUCAAUCGAGCCAAACGAGAUGGCGUUGAUAUAACCAAUCCAAAUUUCUACUCCAAAAUAACUCAAGAUCAACUGAAAAACAUCCUGCGAUCCGACGAUGCAACCACAGUUGCUCCAUUACUCGAACAACGCGUUGCAUGUCUCCAUGAGGUAGGCACAAAACUCAUGGAGAAAUAUGACGGAAAGUUCGAAAACUUCAUAAAAUCAUGUAACAAAUCGGCCCAAAACUUACUUCAAUUAAUUGUCACCGAAUUUCCAUGCUUUCGUGACGAGGCUCAGUUUCACGGAGAACGUGUAGCAAUUUACAAAAGAGCCCAAAUUCUAGUUGGUGAUAUUUGGUCGUGUUAUUGUGGUGAAGGAUUGGGCGAGUUUAAUGAUAUCGAGACGAUAACAAUGUUUGCCGAUUAUCGAGUGCCGCAGGUGCUUGUUCAUUAUGGAUGCAUGGAGUAUACACAGGAAUUGUUGGAUACUCUAAAAGAGGAUAAAUUGUUGGAAAAUGGAUCACAAGAGGAAGUUGAAAUUCGAGGAAUAUCAAUUUAUGUUGUUGAAGAAUUGAAAAAGAAACUGGUGGAAACGAUUAAGGAGAACGAUUUGAAUAUUGAUCUUAGGAAGGUAAAUUCAAUUUUGUUGGAUCACUACCUUUGGGACUACCGUCGGAAGUAUGCAGCUGAACUGGAAUAUAUACCAUUCCAUAAAGUGUUGUGCGUUUAUUAUUAAGUGAAGACAUGUUUUGUAUUCGUUUCUGAAUGAAAAUAAAAACUGUUUGUAUAUUUCA